AUGGCUGCAAGCACGUACCCUCCUGCCGGCUCCUGCAUGGAGCUCCUACUAGCUGACGACAAGGACGCAGUCUACACCAAUGAGCUCCAGCAAUCUCUCGGUGAGGUGGUGGAGCGCUUCUGCGGGGCGCACGUGCUGUCGCAACUGCUGCCGGAGUUGUCUGCAGUGGCCACGUUGCUGUAUGGCGCCCUGUCCAUCGGCGUGCAGCAGCCACGUCAGACGCUAGGCGAAGAGUUUUGCAGCAUCGUCCGCGUGGCAAAGUCUCGUUCGAAUCACGUCGAGUCGGUGGGGAGUCAGCGCCAUGUACUGUCGCUCGCGUGUACGGUGCUGCCAUCGUACCUGGUCGCGCGGUCGCAGAGCGGCUGGAACAACUUGAGUCAGCUCACGCGCACGCCGCGGGAACGCAUGGAGCAGCAAAUUCGAUGCCGACGAGAAGCGGAAGUGGCAGACACAGUGAAUGGAGGCGGCGUGCGGGGACCGCUGUUGGAACGUAACAUGACGAUUGGGUCGAACGUGCAAAGAUUGCUUCGUCGACUUGACUGGUUCGUGUCGAAACUGAAAGCGAUGCGCGUCUGGCUGGAAAGUGAAGCUGGAGCGGCAUCAUGUGGAUUCAAUUUGGACUGUUUGCAGCAGUGGGGAGCUGAUGCACACCUCGCGGCAUUUUACGUUUUUGCACAGUACUUACACGUGUCGAAGCGGAUUGCCCACGUCCAGUACGUGUUUGUACGCAAAGACGUGAUGCCUGGUCUGAAUCUGUCCGUUCUUGGAUACAUAAUGUCGCUGCGGCUGUUUGCCACGGCAGUUAUUGAGCUCAAGCGGCUGCACGGGCAUUACAGGCAAAAGAUGAAGCAGAGGCAGAAGCAGCAGGCAGAAUCAGCUACCACUGCCUUCGUAUCUGUAACUGUUCAGUUCGCAAGAGUUCCCACGUCAGUUGUGCCAGCAAAAGUGACCUCAAGUUCUUGUCAGCGCCGAAUGGGACACGGGGAUGCCGACAACUCUCGACGACCUCGUCGUAAAUGUGCUCUUUGUCUAAGUGAGCUCGUUUCCCCUGCUGCUACCGUGUGUGGUCACAUAUUUUGUUGGGAUUGCAUUGUGGGCUGGUGCCAGAAGGUUAAAUCGGAAUGUCCUAUGUGCCGCCAAGAAACACAACCUCAACAAAUCAAAUGUGUGUACAAUUAUGCUUGA